AUGAGCUCUGCUGGAGACGAAGAGCGCGCUGCUGCGAGCGGAGAACAGAUCCUAAAAAGCCGUAGCCACGGAUUUGACUCGUGGCGAAAAUCAUUCAUCCAAGCUGCGAAGACCAUCGACUUGGACGGGCUGUUUUUAGGAGGUGCAGAGAGCUGUAUCCCCGUGGGCGACCCAAACUUGCCGACUUCCGAACUGCUCCGUAGGGGGUACACGAGAGCAGAAGUCCAACGAGGGCUUCAGGCGUUCCACUUUAUCACUACUGCUGUGGUAGAAGAAGCCGACAAAGCAAUCGUCAGCAACUGUACGUCGGCGAAAGAGGUCCUUGCGGAAUUGGGAAAGGUGUACGAUCCGGAGUCACAGGGGUCAAAACAGGCCUUGAUGCGGAAGAUGUUCGACUUUGCAAUCCCCACACACAGCAACAGCAACCCCAUCGAGCACCUCUACUCUCUCGAGCUGCUGUAUGCCCGCCUGCGCGAAAAGGGGCUCAAUGCUGAACAACCCUUCGUUCUCGCCCACUUCGUUGGUUCCCUCCCACCCGAGUACCAACAAGCGAAGUUCCUGUUGGAGACAGCAACGGCGCUGGAUAGGGCCGAGAUCGUCAGGAUCGUGAGCACGGUGCACGCGAGCCUCCCGGAGGGGAGGAAGGCCUCAAAGGGCCAGCGUAGGGCAGAGCAUGCUCUCCUCGCGAGUGACGGUAGCGGCGGGGGAGGAGCGCCUGGGCGCGGCAACAGCGGCCGCCGCAAGGGUCGCGGCGGCGGCGGCGGCGGCGGCUCGUCUGCGGACGCCACAGCACUGGACGUGGCAGAAGAAGCGCUGGUGGUCGGUGACAUCUCAGGCGAGUGUCACAAAGUCGUUGGUCGAGGGGGUGUAGAGCAGGCUAGGCGGGGUAGGGUGUGCCGGAAGUACUGCAUCAAACAGGAGUUCACCCCCGCGCACAGCCCAGAAUACAACGGUGUAGCUGAGAGAGCACUGGGUCUGAUCAAGGAUGCAGCACUAGCCGCCCGUAUCCAAGCGCCAACUCUUUACCCCGGAGCACCGAACUACCCAUCCCUUUGGGCCGAGGCCAUAGCUUGGUCAUGCAACGCCCUGAACUGCACCUCCACCACAUCCAACCCAGAGAAGAAGUCGCCGUACGAGAUGUGGCACGGGCACCCUCCCCCGCCGGGGGCGACGUACCCGUUCCUCAAACCUGCCGUAUACAAGGUCAAGCGCACACACAAGUCCGAGCCAAAAGCCCAAAAGUGUUUUUACCUCGGCCCGGGAAUCAACACCAACCGUGAUUGCGUGCGCAUCCUCAACGAAAAACGCCGAGCGAUCACAACUCGCAACUUCACCUGGCAAUCCGUGCCCGCCGCCCCCGCCGCCCUGCCCCAGUCGCUGCCUCCCAUCGCAGAGGAGGAAGAGGAAUUCGCGACUGAGGAGGACGAGGUUGGGGAGGGCGCGUCGAACCAAGGUGGAGGGAGGGCGGAGAGAGAACCUGUGGAUGGAGGACCAGGCGACGCUGGCGAUGGCGCCCCCUCGAGCAGGGAGAGCGCGAGCGUCGCCCCAUCUACCACGUCGACCGGCACGGCCGAUGUGGGCGGCGGCGAGGACGACCGCCGCAGCAGCAGCAGCCGCGGCAGCGGCGGCAGCGGCGGCAGCGGCGGCGACAGCAGUAGCCGCGGUAGCGGCGGCAGUGGCAGCGACAGCAGCAGCGGUGGCAGCAGCGUCGAUGACGGCGGCAGCGACAGCAGCAGUGGCAGCGACAGCGAGACGGAUCUCCCGGCGCUCUGUGGGCCAGAGGCCCGGCGGCUCGCCCGCUUCGACAAGCCGGCGGAACUCACCAGCCGCCGCACUAGGGAGAACCCUCGCCGAAAUCCGAGGUACGAGUCGCCCCCGUCGCCGCCCACAUCGGCCCCGUCGCCGACAAGUGCCGAAGCCCUGCUCGCCUCGGUGGCGAGCCUGCCCGACAGCAGCACGGAGGAGUUCACCCGCUGGAUGCUCUCGGCAGUACUUCACGUGGCGGAGGGGCUAGAGGCGAGGGUGGUGCGAGAGUUGCUGUCCGAGCGCGCGCAGGAGGCCCACGCUGCGCGCCAAGAGGCGGAGGAUUUCCUGCUGGGUACGGUGGACCUCAUGCUCAACUCGCCAGACGCCUUCGAGACGGCUCUGGCGUCCCACGAGCUAAGUGAAUCCCCCAUAGGCAAGCGUCCGAGUGAUGUAGAAGCCCCACCCAUGACUGUAGCCGGCGUUGCCAAGUCUGUUUACCGAGAGGGGUGGGAACAGGCCAUGAGGGAAGAGUUUGAAGGGCACUUGGGCACGGGGACGUUUUCAUUCGUAGACGGUGCGCCAGAGGGGCGCAGGCCUGUGAGCUCAAAGUGGUGUUUUAGUUGGAAGACCAACAAGGAAGGGAAGAUAGACACGUUCAAAGCGCGUCUGGUUGCUAGGGGGUUUUCGCAAAUCCCGAACGUCGAUUAUUUCCAUUCGUCUUCCCCUUGCCCCUCAUCCGCAUCCAUUAAGCUGAUGCUUGCGGUAGCGAACGAGAAGGGCAUGAACCUCAAUCACUGGGAUGUGAAGCAGGCGUAUACACACGCUACGCUAGACGAGGAGGUUUUUCUGAAGCUCCCCGCUGGGUGCGGGGACAAGUCGCAUAAGAUUGCUAAGGCUGAGCGUGCGAUUUAUGGUCUGAAGCAGAGCGGUAGGCAGUGGGGGUACCACGCUGCUGAUACGCUAGUCGAGAACGGGUUCGAGCAAUGCAAGGCGGACCCGUGUGUUUUCCGCAAGAUGGUAGACGAAGUCGUGGUGAUGAUUAUCGUGAUUUAUGUGGAUGACAUUUUGGUGGCUGGGUCUGACGAGGAUUGCGAGGAGUUGCUUGCUUCUCUCAACAAGAAAUUUCCCACCAAAAACCUUGGAGAGUGUCAAUGGUUUGAUGGGUGUGCCAUCGAGAGAGAUGUAGAGGCUGGGACUCUUAGAAUCUCCCAAACCGCGUAUAUCGACAGCAUGGUUGAACGCUUCGAUGUGAAAUCAACUUCCCGCAUCCCCGCUACCCCUGGUGCCGAUCUAGGGCCGAAGCGAGAGGAUGAGGAAGGAGGGGAGUGGCCGGUGAGGGAGGCCAUCGGCAGCAUGAUGUGGGUGUCGACUUUCUCGCGUCCAGACGUCUCGUUCGCCGUGCGUGCGGUAGCGCGCCACGCCCACGCCCCGGCGAAGCGGCACUGGGAUGCCAUACAGAAGAUCCUCGGCUACCUGAAAGGGACGAGGGACCUCGGCAUCACCUACCAACGGGGAUCGGGGUUAGGGCUGGCCGUGUACGUAGACGCUAGCUACGCCGACACGGAGGAUAGGCGUUCGGUGUCAGGGUUGGCGACGACGGUUGGAGGUACCGUAGUCAGCCAUGGUAGCAAGACGCAGAGUAUCGUGUCUUUGUCUUCAACGGAAGCCGAGUACAUUGCUGCCGGGGAGGGUGUCAAGGAGGCGUUGUUUGUGCGUGCUGUGCUUUCGUUUGUCGCCCCAGAGACCAGUGGUAGCAGCAUCAAGGUCCUUGAGGACAACCAGGGGGCCAUAGCGUUGGUGCAGAACCCCCUCAGCUCAGGUCGCACGAAACACAUCGACGUGAGGUAUCAUUUCAUCCGAGGAUUGUUUAGGUCGGGGGAUAUUUCGGUCAAGUUUGUUCCGACAACGGAGCAACACGCGGACCUCCUUACCAAGGCCCUUAGCAGGGUCAGUCUGCAGUACCACCGGCGCAAGCUGAUGAAUUUGCCGGAGUAG